AACAACUCUAGACCGCUUUUCUAGAGGAUAAAUGCCGAUGCAUAGUUUCCGGCAGGAAGAUCUCCAUUUUCUUUUGCUGCUUUAUACAGAGUGGUCAGAAUGAACGCAUCUAUAAUUCACCAAAGUGUGCCUACACCGGUCUGCAAACAGACGCCAGUUUCAGUGGCUACGCCCGAUGGCGGCUUGCUGUAUACCGGCUUUAAGUGCAUCAAUUAUGUAGCCGCGCCACCGACAGAUGGCAAGCAUGACAUUGCAGGCUGUGGCGUCAAGACGAUGUCAACGCGCAUCACCGUUAAUGCCUUGGAUGUUAGCCCACUGUGGGGAAAAAUCAAAAAUAAAAGUGACGGGUCCUUGGAGAAACACGGCAAGCACUUUGCCACUGUUGCAGAGGACCUGAGUGUGCAAGUGUGGGACUGCGAAGUGGGUGAAGUCAUCAUUGGCCACAAGGCGCAUCAGCAUCAACACGAGGCGCGUGAUGUGCGUGUUCAGCCACUAAUAAAUGUGAUGUUGAGUUACAUGGCCAAUGGCAACAUACUCUCCAUAGACGCCAGUGAUUUGGUCAUAUACUGCAUCGCCUCUAACAGCUACUGCCGACGUCCCACAUUCGUCUCACCGCGCAAUCAUCAGUUAACUGCCUUGCGCUGCUCGCCCUAUGAUGAGAAUCUUUUUGCGCUAGGCACAGCUGCGGGCACUGUGCUGAUUUGUGAUCUGCUCAAGAUGAGUAUUGUAUACAAACUGUCCUCGCAUGGUCCGAGUGCAAGCAUAUGCAGUCUAGCCUGGCGAGAGAUGUCCACAAUACACGGAGCUAUUGAAGAGAAGAAGCCUGAGCAUGAUGCCGACAAGAAGAUUGAGCAGUGGCGCAACUCAGCAAACGCUGCAAGCAAAGCACCGCUAUUGAAGUCGAAGGCCACUGAGGCGGACGAGCCUUUUGAUAUUUACAACUUUGAUCAUCUGGAGUCAGAGUUUGGUGCACCAGCCAAAGUUCGUUCGCAACGCCACAGCAAGUCCUCAGACGAUGUCGGUGAUUUUGUAGGUCUGGAGAAGCCCACAAGUAAUGUCAAUCUCGACUUCAUGGAAGCAUGCGAGAAUAUGAAAGCUGACUUGAGGGCACAGCGCACACAAACUCAAGCGCCGCCACAGAUGGAAGUAACGCUGCAGGAUUGCCAGCAGAGUGAUGUGCAGUGUCCGCGCAGUGAUAGCGAGAGCCACAACUCACAGAAGCAGGAGCAUAGCGAAUCCACCGAAGGCAGUUUGGAGCUGUUGCAAUACAGCAGCUCUAGCGAUGAUGCGGUUAUAGUAGAUGGCGAAGCACCCAAGCCCAAGCGUGAGGUGCUGCAUCAUAUUUACCAUCAGGCGGAGGUGCACGAUGCGCCAGAGUCGCCGCAACUAAAAGCGGCAGCACAGCCAGCGCCUGUGGCCGCCAGCACAGAUUCGUUGGACAAGUUUUCGACAAUCUCAAGCAAAAAACCAGACAUGCUGCUAGUUUCCAUCAAUGCCAAUGAUGUGGUGCAAGUGUGGAAUGCAAACACUGGUGGACACUGCGCCAAGAACUACAACAAAAGCAAUGCAACAGGCAAAGACAAGCAGGUACACUGGCUCAGCGAUCAGAGCAUUGUAUGCUUGAGUCGCCAACAGCUGGUGUUCUAUAUGCUGGAGUAUGACUGCAAAACGCAUCGCUACAAGAUACAAAAGGAUCAGAAACUCAAGUGCGUGGCACAGGACAUACUGACCAUGUCAGCCAACACUGCCAAUCAACAUAUUUGGCUGAACUUGGCCAGUCGUCGUGUAUGCAGCAUGAAUCCACGCACAGGACAAUUCAUAACGCUGUAUGGCUGCCUGCCGCUGGGCGUGCGCGCCAUAGCCGAGUGUCCAGAUGAUAUGAACAAAAUUGCAUUGGGCUGCUCGGACAAGCGUUUGGCUUUGUUCGACAUAUCAAAGCUAAGCACACAUUGCAUACAAAUCGAUAGCCUUAGUGUAAACAGCGCUGUCUAUGCGCUCUGCUGGAGUCCGGACUGUUUGGAGCUGGCCUAUGGCACACACGAUGGCAUUGUGGGCAUCUUGAAUGUGGAGCGCAUGAAGGUCAAGACUACAUUUCGUGUAUUGCACAAGCGUGAGGUGUACUCGCUCGUGUGGCAGGAUAACUACAUAUACUUUAUAGCAGAUCGCGAGCUGGGCAUCUACGAUGUCACACAACCCAACAAAGCUGCUACAGUGCUGCGCAAUCUAACGCGUCCCAGUUAUAUUUGUGUGCGCGGCAGUUUUCUUUUUGUAGGCACCGAGGAUGGUUUUCUGCAAUUAUAUGAGCGCCAGCCUGGCGCGGAGCAGUCCAUGACAGCCUUGCGUCAAAUCACGCUGCUUGCGCGUUAUGUUACAGACAUUGCAUUUAAUCCGCUGCAGCGUCAACAGUUUGCUGUAGCUGGACACGAUAAGCUGCUGCAUGUGCUGGAGUUUAAGCCGCAGGAGCGCAACUGGAACAAGCUGCAUACAUUUACUUGCAGCGAUGCCAAAGCUUCGAUUACCUCGCUCAAGUGGAGCAAUCUGCAGUCGCAUUUGCUGCUCAGCUUUCACAUCGAAGGCAAGGUGUGUCUAUGGAACACACAACAACCACAGCAGCCACCGCUAACCAUAACCUAUCACUGCCCCAUGUGGUGCGGACUAUUCUUGCCCUACGAUGAGAACAUAAUACUCUGCAGUGGCAAGUCGCUGUCGCUGGAGUUUGUUAACAUUAGGCAAGCGCUAGCCAACAAUGACAAAACUAUAUGCUGCAAAAUCGAUGCGCUGCUCAAAGUCAAAUGGGCCAACAAAACGCUGGUGUCUGGCGCUACAGCUGGAGUCAGUGCAGCGCAAAAGAAGCGACAGCGUCGCAAUGAGCGCAAAGCUCAUGCGCCCAGCAAUGAGCAGCCAGCGCUCAAAUUGCAACAGCAAAAUACAAAUGAAGAGCCAACUGUGGAGAGUUUGCUGGCUACGCUAAGUCUGGGCGGCAAGAGCAACGUUAAUCAGCUGCAAAUGGAGUGCCAGAAGUGCAAAGAGUCGCAAGCAUUGCAGGACAACUUUUUGGCCCAUAGCCGCACUUGUUUGUGUUUGACACAAAGGGAGCUCAACAAGCAAGCAUUGGACAAGCUGGCCAUUGUGCUUACCGAGGAUGCAGCGCAAAUAGACAAAUCUGUGCUUAUGUCCAAGCUAUUUAGCACCAAAGUCAUGGCCAAGGAGCUGAUUGCUGCGGAGCUUACCAAUCUGAAGCAAUCCAACAACAAGGAUAUAGCGCCACUUUGUCUAAGCGUUGCUACAUUCAAAGUACGCGAGGAGAUUGAGCAGCAUAUUGAAAAUAAAACGCUCAACGAAUGGCAUCUAUCCGUAGCGCCCGCUGUGUCCUAUGUUUUUUGGCAAAAGGUCUGCAAGGCUUAUGCCGCACAGCUGGAGCAGCAGGGCUUUAUUUUACAUGCAGCCACCUAUCUAAUGGCAAUUGACUUGCAAGCCGAUGCUAUUAAUUUGCUGCUAAAGCAUGAAUAUUUCCGUGAGGCUUUGGCAUAUGCGCGCAUUCAUCUGCCAGCCACAGAUGCCAUGAUCAAGACCAUUAUCAACAAGUGGCUGGAGCAGCUGGAGAAAACUGGCAACUUUGCCGCAGCAGCUUUAAUCUGUGUGCUGGAUAAUGAAAUGCUGCGUGGCUAUUCAUAUUUGCGCAAGUUCCGCAACUGCACGCCAGAGAUUGCGGAUUUGAUGGAACAGAUCAAGCGCAUCGGACAGCUGGGUGCGCUCUUUGAUGAUAACUGUGUGCCAAAGGGCGAGCAGCCGCUGGAGGAGGCAGCUUAAAAAGUUUAAUAACUGGCCAAAGCUUAGUUAGCUUAAACUUAGGCUUAGAUACUCAACGAAUGAGCUUCUGGAAGUUUAUAUUAUUGUUUGAUCUGCUGUGAAAUUUUGUAGAUUUAUCAUUGCUGCCAUGCAGUUAGUUUUUAAGUUUUUUUCAAAGAAUGUUAUUUUCCAAAACAAAACUUAUUAAUUAGUUAACCUUUUGUAAACCGUUUGACUUUCCAAUUGAAUUUUCUAACCCAAGCAUAUUGUCCCAGGCACAAACACAUACAUAUGUAAACGUAGUUAGUAAAGCUGCAUAGAAAGCAAAAUAAUAAAGAAGAAGAU